AGAUGCUGAAAGUGACCCACAAUUAACUGCUCUUUUAGGACAGAUUGAUUCCCUUUGGAGCUAUAAGUACUGAUGUAUUAGGGUGCAGCGCUCAUUGUUCAUUGACGCAGUCUCAAAAUGAAUAUUCAAGAGCAGGGUUUCCCCUUGGACCUCGGAACAAGUUUCACCGAAGAUGCCCCCAGACCCCCAGUGCCUGGUGAGGAGGGUGAACUGGUGUCCACAGACCCCAGGCCCGUCAGCCACAGCUUCUGCUCCGGGAAAGGUGUUGGGAUUAAAGGUGAGACUUCAACAGCCACUCCAAGGCGCUCAGAUCUGGACCUGGGGUACGAGCCUGAGGGCAGCGCUUCACCCACCCCACCGUACUUGAAGUGGGCGGAGUCAUUGCACUCCUUACUAGACGAUCAAGAUGGGAUAAACCUGUUUAGGACUUUCCUGAAGCAGGAGGACUGUGCUGACCUGCUGGACUUUUGGUUUGCCUGCAGUGGCUUCAGGAAACUGGAGCCCUGUGACUCCAACGAGGAGAAGAGGCUGAAGCUGGCCAAGGCUAUUUACCGGAAGUACAUCCUCGAUAACAAUGGUAUCGUGUCCAGGCAAACCAAGCCGGCCACCAAGAGCUUCAUCAAGGACUGCAUCAUGAAGCAGCUGAUUGAUCCCGCCAUGUUUGACCAGGCCCAGACGGAAAUCCAGUCCACCAUGGAGGAGAACACCUACCCCUCAUUCCUCAAGUCCGAUAUUUAUUUGGAAUACACGAGGACAGGCUCGGAGAGCCCGAAGCUCUGUAGUGACCAGAGCUCUGGGUCGGGGACAGGGAAGGGCAUACCUGGAUAUCUGCCCACUCUGAACGAAGAUGAGGAAUGGAAAUGUGACCAAGACGUAGACGAAGAUGACGGCAGAGACCCUGCUCCCCCUGGCAGGCUCACGCAGAAGCUGCUCCUGGAGACGGCCGCCCCCCGGGCCUCCUCAAGUAGACGGUACAGCGAAGGCAGAGAAUUCAGGUAUGGAUCCUGGCGGGAGCCUGUCAACCCCUACUACGUCAACUCCGGCUACGCCCUCGCCCCGGCCACCAGCACCAAUGACAGCGAGCAGCAGAGCCUGUCUAGCGAUGCGGACAGUCUGUCCCUCACCGACAGCAGCGUGGACGGAAUCCCACCGUACAGGAUCCGCAAGCAGCACCGCCGGGAGGUGCAGGAGAGCGUCCAGGUCAACGGGCGGGUGCCUCUACCUCACAUUCCCCGUACUUACCGAAUGCCAAAGGAAAUUCGUGUGGAGCCCCAGAAGUUUGCCGCGGAGCUCAUCCACCGCCUAGAGGCCGUUCAGCGGACGCGGGAGGCCGAGGAGAAGCUGGAGGAGCGGCUGAAGCGCGUGAGGAUGGAGGAAGAAGGCGAGGAAGGAGAUCUGUCCUCUGCCCCCCCGGGGACUAGUCACAAGCUGCCUUCGGCCCCUGCCUGGCACCACUUCCCGCCCCGCUACUCAGACGUGGGCUGCUCAGGGCUGCGCGACGCGCACGAGGAGAACCCCGAGAGCAUCCUGGACGAACAUGUGCAGCGCGUCAUGCGGACCCCCGGCUGCCAGUCCCCAGGGCCAGGCCACCGCUCCCCCGACAGCGCACAUGUGCCCAAGAUGUCGGGAGUGCUGGUGGGUACGACCCUGGGCCACGGGAAGCACGUGCCCAAAUCGGGGGCGAAGUUGGAAGCGGUCGGUCUGCACGUCCACAGGCACAGCCACCACCACAGCCACCAUGGAGUGGCCCGGCCCAAGGAGCAGGCCGAGGCCGAGACUGCCCGCCGUAUCCAGAACAGCUUUGCGUGGGGCCUGGAGCCGCACAGCCACACAGGCAAGCCCCGCAGCCACCUGGAGAGCGUGGGCGCUGCCCCCAAUGCUAGCGACAGCCUGGCUUACAGCGGGAAGGCUGGCACGACCUCCAAACGAAGUGCCAAGAAGACCGAGUCGGGGAAGAGCGCCAACGCCGAGGUGCCAGGCCCAUCAGAGGACGCAGAGAAAAAGCAGAAGAUCAUGCAGUGGAUUAUCGAGGGGGAGAAGGAGAUCAGCCGGCACCGGAAGGCCGGCCAUGGGUCUUCUGGGGUGAAGAAGCAGCAGGCCCACGAGAGCUCCAGGCCCUUGUCCAUCGAGCGUCCUGGGGCUGUGCAUCCCUGGGUCAGCGCCCAGCUCCGCAACUCUGUUCAGCCCUCUCACCUCUUCAUUCAAGACCCCACAAUGCCCCCCAACCCGGCCCCCAACCCUCUGACACAGCUGGAGGAAGCCCGGCGGCGUCUGGAGGAGGAAGAGAAGAGAGCCAGCAAGCUGCCGUCAAAGCAGAGGUAUGUGCAGGAGGUCAUCCAGCGGGGGCGCUCUUGCGUCAGGCCGGCGUGCACGCCUGUGCUGAGCGUGGUGCCAGCGGUGUCCGACAUGGAGCUCUCCGAGACAGAGAUGAAAUCACAGAGGAAGGCGGGCGGUGGGACCACCCAGACAUGUGACAGCAUCGUCGUGGCUUACUACUUCUGUGGGGAGCCCAUCCCCUACCGGACCCUGGUGAGGGGCCGUGCUGUCACCCUGGGGCAGUUCAAGGAGCUGCUGACCAAGAAAGGCAACUACAGAUACUACUUCAAGAAAGUGAGUGAUGAGUUUGACUGUGGAGUGGUGUUUGAGGAGGUUCGGGAAGACGAGGCCGUCCUGCCUGUCUUUGAGGAGAAGAUCAUUGGCAAGGUGGAGAAGGUGGACUGACCGGCAGGCCUGGCCUCCGCACCACGCGGGGCCCGUGUCAGCUGGCGUGGGGAGAGCCACCCCGAGAGCCAGGAAGGGCCAUGCCACGCCAGGUGCCCGCACGUGUGCAAACACACAGCUCCGGCGUAAGGCCAGGGGCUGCCUGCCACACAGCCGCCCAGCCCUUCGGUCCAUCUGUGUCCAGGUGAGCGGGGAUCCUGCUGAGUGGUCCAUAGGCGUCCGUUCUGCUGACGAGGAGGGGCCCGUCCACUUUGCUCUGCAGCUGUACUCUGAGAGUCUGCCCAGCAGGGAUCCCACCAUGGGGCCAGCAGGACGACCCUCCCCAGCGGCCCCCUGCUGCUAACCAUGGGCCCACCCCUACACCUCCCUGCAGCCAGGGUGCUCAUACCACAGGAUCUGCUUCUCACUCCUGGACUCUCCCACCAUGCCCUGCCCUGGUCAGGCCCAGCCCAGGCCUGGGGUACAGGGGGCC